CGUGACGUUGCAUACCCCGCGGACGAAUGGGACGGCGGGGAAAGAUUGCCGUUCAGUAAUUACGGACCUGGUGGUCGGUUCGGGUGAUGCACCGGUACUGCCAAGUGGAUGGUACUCUCGAGGAUCGGGCGUUGUCGAUUAGGAGACUGAACUUAUCGCAGGUGCAGGACGGCAACAGUCCGAGCCCGCAGGAGGAGGACGACUCCUUGACAAGUUACAUGUGGCCAUACGGGCAGCCGAAUGGGACAAUAAUCCGCGAACCAGCGGAUUUUGGAGAUGCUCACGUGACAGGAAUGGGUCUGUCGAAAGAUGGGAUGCAUCUCGUCUUGAGCGUAACCAAUGGAGACCCAAAAGUAAUGCGGGGCAAUGGAACCAUAUCUGGUGACCAAAAUCGCUCCAGGUUCACAUCUUUGUCGCUCGCUGACGGCUCUCGGUCGUCAUCCGGCCCUUUGAGCGAUUUUGUCCAGGCGUGGGCGUUAGAGUCUAACAAGGGUUUUCUUUACUAUUUGCAAUCCGAUUCCGUAUUAAUUAACGUCACCGUUAAUGAUGUCGGGCUUCCAAACGGCCCUCUGAACCAGCUGUCCCGUUUGGACAUCCAAACGGGUAUCGAUCCUGACGAGGAGUUCCAAUCUGGAAGCCUUCCCUCUGACGGCAGUUGCCUUUACUCCGUGACUUCUAAUGACGGGUUGCUAGGGAGGGAGCUUGGGGAUGGACAUUUCGUCCACUCUACAAUUGCAGCGCCUUCCGUUCCUGUCCUGGGGAAAGAGAUGGACGUGGUUGCAACGGCUCAAGGGUGUCACGUGUUCACGGCCGCAGACAACACAGUUGCGGUCUUCAAACUCAUGGGGCCCUGCAGUAGUCUCAAAGAGAAGCGGGUACUCCCACAUUAUUUCGGAGAAGCAGAUGUUACCGCAUUGGCACUCGGUAACUACAGCGACGGCUUAAGCCUCUACGUUGGAACCAGCGACGGCAGCGUGUAUCACAUUCCGCUGAACGGGUCGGAACUGAGCCGUUGUGGAAACGAAGCGUACAGCGACCGAGAUCCCAGCGACCGAUAUUUCCGUUUAAUGUUCUUUCCUUUUAAGCCUCCGUCAAUGAUCUCACUUAUAGCCAUGGUAAGUGGUGUGUCCUCCCUGGGGGGUACUACAUACGACCUAGUCCUCAUCUUUCUAUAUUCUCCUCCGCUUUUUAUAGCAAUAGCAAUAAUAAGGUGCACCGUGUUUUCCGUUCGCGGUUUCGUAAAGUGUCGACGUGGAGCUCUGGAACAGGCCAGUAAUAACCAUGCGGUUACCGGCCGGCCGAUGACUUCAUCCGUACAGGACUGCACUCCUAUGAACGGGUCGGAACUGAGCCGUUGUGGAAACGAACCGUACACGGGACGUGUACUCAGCGACGGAUAUUCACGUUCACUGAAGUUUUUUCAGGACAUUUUGUUUCCGUCAGGACUCGCAGGCAUGUACUAUUUCAUUUUAAACAUUGUACCCUACUUGACUGAUACUCCACUCGACGGACCCUACGUAUUUGGAUAUAUGGCUCUGAUGUUACUCGGAUUCGUAGUAGCAGUUUGCGUAGCGUCUGGCGUUCGCGGUUUUCUAGAGCGUCGACGUCCUGCUCUGGAACAGUUUGGUUGGAAACUGCUGUCGGAUUGCGCGGAGAAUCUUAGCGAGACCUAUCUGUCGCAUUGGGGACAAAGGGGCGUUUGGGAAAGUCUACAAGGGCUCGCUCGACGGCAAGGACGUGGUAAUCACUUGAUGACCGGUGAGCUGACGGACGUGAAACGGAACCAGUUCGUGGCGGAGGUGGACACUCUCAGUGCAGUUAAUCACGUCAAUCUCAUCCAGCUCACUGGUUACUGCCAGGAGAGCAACCAGUGCAUCUUGGUGUACCCGUACUUCAGAGGCGGAUGCUUGCACGAGCGGCUGUUCCCUCACACCGCUAACCAGAGGGAACUCGCAGAGGAUUCUCCUUCGCCGCUCACUCUCCAGGAGCGCAUGAGCAUUGGCUUCCAGAUUGCAAGGGGGCUCCAGUACCUACACGAUGAUGCCAAGCCUCCCAUCAUUCAUCGGGACAUCAAGAGCAGCAACGUCCUGCUUGGCGAUGGCUGUGGGGACAAACUUUACGUAGUCCUGGCUGAUUCCGGACUGGCGGCCAUCGGGGAGAGAGUGCUGGACACAGGACACGACCAUAUGGCGGUAGACUCUACGAGGCAGAUGGUGAUGAACACUUUCAGACUGCCGUGGGAAUGUGUCCAUGAGGACUAUGGGUCGAGGCCGGCAAUGCGAUCUAUCGUGCAGCGCUUCCACAGCAUGCUUCUCGAUGUAGGAUGGGACUUCUUGAUCAGAACCAUGGACAUGGAGUACGUUCUGGCGAUCUCAGAGGCAGAGGAUACCAUCGGCAAGGACGAUGAUCCUGAGUCACAAGAGAAUCACGAAGUGCUCCCAGAGUGAGGGAAAGGAUGAGGAACUGUAAAUUUUAAUACUUAUUUUAAAAUAUAUGUAUGAAUUAAUUUGUGUCUUAGGGAAAGAUAGCCACUAGCAUUGUAGUAUUGGGUAGAAUUCUAGCUCCUCAUCUGCUUAUUAACUGUUACAUGGAACGUGUUCUGCCUCGCGUACAGCCAGCAGGCUGUAAGGUGUUCAAAUCUUUCACGUGCUGGCAGGUGAAAGUCACUGUGCGGGCCAAGACCUGAAACUGCUAAUAUUUCGAUGUGUGGAACAUUCAUUAGAUUCAGCGAAAGGUAUCUUAGAGCAAGACCCCG